AGCCUCCGUGCGCCGGCCCGCCGCGGGGCAGCGGCCUCGCCCGCCGCACCUGCCCGCGCAGGGCUCGCCGCAGCGGGGAAGGAGCGGCGGCGAAGCCCCGCGGGGGCCCGGCGCCUCCUCGCCGCCCCCGCGCCCCCCGGGGGGCCGGGCCGGGCCGCGCCGGGCCCCGCGCCUUUGUGCUUCGCCGCCGCCAAAGCCCGGCGGGAGCCGCCGGCGGGAGCGAGGGGGAGGCGGCGGAGCGGGACGGCUCUGUCAGCGCCCGGGGCGGCGAGUCCCGGCCCGCAGCCCGCGGCCGCCGCCGCUCCCUCCCUCAGGCGCGCUGCCGCCGGCGGGAGCCGCUGUCAGCCCCGCUGCCCGGCGCCGCGCAUGGAGGGCCGGGAGCCGCGCUGGGGGAGACACGCGCCGCGCUCGCCCCUAUUGUCCGGCACAGCCGGGAGCGGGAGGAGGAGGAGGAGGAGGAGGCGCCGCUCUGCCGAGGGGAAGGGGCCGGGCCGUCAGAGAGGGGACCCGGGGAGGAGGGGGAGGAGGAGGAGAACGGAGAGAAGAAGGAGGAGGAGGAGGAGGGAUGGCGCCUCCGCCCCGCCCGCGCGCGGCGGCCCGGCUGGAGGAGCAGGCACGAGCCCGGCGGACCGUGCGUGGGUCGCGCGGCUGGCGACACGCGCAGAGCGGCGUCAUAACGUCACCGCUGCCCACACUCUCCCCGUCCGCGCGCACCAGGCAGGGGCGGCUCGGCGGGCCCCGCGCGCCGCGCGCAUGCGCCCUGCCCCCUCCCCCUCGCGCCUUCGCAGGGGCGGGGGGCGGCACCGCCCUCCUUCCCUCCCUCCGUCCUCCCAGAGCCGCGGAGCCGCGGGACGGAUUGGCAUGGGAAAGGGCUGCCUGAGGGGACAUCGAGUCCGACCUGUGACCGAACACCACCGUGACAGCUAG